GCAGCUGUGUCCACGCAGCUGAAUCAGUGACACUGGAAGCUCACCAAUCUGCGAUUCAUCUCCAGUUUCCACAGUGUGUGUAAUUGCCUAAUUCCAUCUUCAAUGGUUAUUAUGGCGUUGUCUUCUUCUCCAGCUCUGUCCGCUUUCAAUGGGAUUUCAAUCGGUGCAACGCGGCUGGGUAAGUUGUUUCCGGUUUCUCCUAGGUGGAGCAUCUGUUCACCUUCGUUCACAAACUCUCCUAGAAGGAGAGGAUUUCGAUUUGUUGCUUCCAGUGCAAUUGGGAAGAAUGAAGGUGUUGCUGAGAUAUCUCAAGGAGAGACACCGCCUCGCAUUUAUACAUGGCCUGAUAAUAGGAAGCCUAGGGUGUGUAUCCUGGGUGGUGGAUUUGGAGGCUUAUAUACUGCAUUAAGACUGGAAUCACUAGUAUGGGCUGAUGACAAGAAACCUCAAGUGCUUCUUGUUGAUCAGUCUGAGCAUUUUGUUUUCAAACCAAUGCUAUACGAGCUUCUAUCUGGAGAAGUUGAUGCAUGGGAAAUUGCUCCUCGAUUUUCGGAUUUGCUUGCAAAUACUGGUGUUGUAUUUCUACAAGACAAAGUAAAACUGUUGUCUCCCUCUGAUCAUUUUGGAUCAAAUGGAUCAUCACGAUCUGGUUGUGGAGGAAUUGUGCUACUAGCAAGUGGCCUCCUUAUUGAGUAUGACUGGUUGGUUCUUGCUUUGGGAGCUGAAGCUAAACUUGAUGCUGUACCUGGUGCAGCAGAGUUUGCAUUUCCAUUCUCCACACUAGAGGAUGCACGUAAAGUUGAUGAUAAAUUAAGGCUAUUGGAGAGGAGGAACUUUGGCAAGGAUUCUUUGAUCCGUGUGGCUGUUGUAGGUUGUGGUUACUCUGGAGUUGAGCUAGCUGCAACAAUAUCUGAAAGACUGAAGGAUGGAGGGGUAGUGCAAGCAAUUAAUGUAGAAACUACAAUCUGCCCAACUGCCCCACCUGGUAAUAGGGAAGCUGCGCUUAAGGUUCUCUCAUCCAGAAAAGUUCAACUUUUCCUGGGUUAUUUUGUUCGCUGUAUUCGAAUAGCAAGUAACUCCGAAACUUCAGCAACGACAAAAGAGAAUGGUGCAUCUGAGGACAUUCCACUGCAACAUAGUUCUGAAAAAUAUUUUUUGGAACUUCAACCUGCUGAAAAGGGAUUAGAAAGUCAAAUUCUUGAAGCAGAUAUAGUGUUGUGGACUGUUGGAGCUAAACCUUUGCUUUCUCAACUGGAAUCCUAUAACAAACCGCGUGAACUUCCCCUAAAUGCCCGAGGACAAACAGAAACAGAUGAAACACUGCGUGUAAAGGGCCAUCCACGGAUUUUUGCACUUGGUGACUCUUCUGCUCUUAGGGACUCGGGUGGAAAGCUGCUUCCAGCAACUGCUCAGGUGGCCUUUCAGCAAGCAGACUUUGCUGGUUGGAAUCUUUGGGCAGCAAUCAAUGAUCGUCCCCUGUUGCCUUUUAGGUUUCAGAAUCUAGGUGAAAUGAUGACUCUGGGAAGAAAUGACGCAGCUGUUUCGCCAAGCUUCAUUGAAGGGCUAACCUUAGAGGGUCCAAUUGGUCAUGCUGGAAGGAAAAUAGCUUACUUGAUUAGAUUACCAACAGAUGAGCAUCGGCUUAAAGUGGGGAUCAGCUGGCUUACAAAGUCCGUUAUAGAUUCAGUUGCAUCAGUACAGAGCACCCUUACUAAGGUUCUAUCUGGCUCAUAGCUGCUCUUUGUUGGCAAGUGCUGCUGCUGCUUCUGACUGUAUUAUAAAAUCACAUUGCUUUUCCAAUUGCUAUUAUGAUUUUAGUGAAGCCCAUCCUGAGAGACUGUAGGCCAUCUUGUCUAUCCAUUUGCCUUAGGGUUGCCAGUCUUGCAAACUUACGGGAGGCCAAAUCUCUUCAUGCCACAACCUCUCAUGAUCUUUUUUUUUUGAAAAAUUACCAAACAUGCCAAAUUCCCAUUUUUGGACUA